AUGAAAGACAACCCCCAAGAGCUAGAUUUACUCAGAUCCUCCCCCGUGUCUACCUGUAUCCACUUUGAUGUCACCCCUGACCCCCAGGCCCGGCCAGAUAUUGAGAUCAAACAGUUUAAUCAGGCGUAUACGCAAAAGAAUGCUUUCAAUAUUGUUUUUUAUCUUCAGACUGAAAAAGAUGUGAAUUGCCUUGAACCGUGGAUAGUAAAAGAAAUGGAUUCCUGUCUUUCUGACAUCUGGUUGCAUAAAGAUAUUGAUUUGUUUGCUCAGCUGUUAAAUCUUAUUUUAACUGAAAAUGUCAGUGUUGAUUAUAGGCACAGUGAAACUGGUGCGACUGCUCUGAUGAUUUCUUCAGGGAGAGGCUUUUUGAGUCAAGUAGAACAGUUGAUCAGCAUGGGAGCAAGUAUCCACUGCAAAUCAUCUAAUGGCUGGAUGGCUGUGGACUGGGCUAGGCACUUUGGACAGACGGAGGUUGUUCAUCUGUUGGAAUCCUACAGCGCUUCAUUCGGAUUUGGAAACAUGGAUGAAAGUUCCCUGGUCCAAAAAAGUGCUAGUGACCUUAGUGCAGAGGACAGAGAGCUACUGACAGCUUAUCAUCACAGUUUUGAUGAUGAAAAAGUGGAUCUGGAUCUGUCGUCAAACCAUGACAAUCUGAUAAUGCACUUACUUCACAGCAUCUGUCAUAGUUCUGAUGCAGGAGCAAUUUUAAUAUUUCUUCCUGGGUAUGAUGAGAUAGUGAGCCUGAGAGACCGCAUUGUUUUGGAUGAUAAGAGAUUCACUGAUAAUGCUCACAGAUACCAAGUUUUCGUGCUUCAUUCAAGUAUGCAGACUUUGUACCAGAAGAAAGUGCUUGAAAGUCCACCUUUUGGCAUUCGCAAAAUUAUUCUUUCUACUAAUAUUGCAGAAACCAGCAUAACAGUCAGUGAUGUGGUGUUUGUCAUUGACUCAGGCAAGGUGAAAGAGAAGUCUUUUGAUGCACUGAGUCAUGUUACAAUGGUAAAAAUGGGGUGGAUUUCAAAAGCCAGUACUAUCCAGAGAAAAGGCAGAGCUGGGCGCUGUCAGCCUGGAGUCUGCUUUCGUCUCUUCAGCAGGCUCCGAUUUCAGAAUAUGUUGGAAUUUCAAUCUCCAGAACUUCUAAGAAUGCCGCUUCAGGAGAUCUGUUUGUACACAAAAAUUCUUGCUCCAAUUAAUUGUCCAAUUGUAGACUUUCUUAUGAAAGCUCCUGAUCCUCCGCCUGCUGUAACUGUGAGAAAUGCUGUGCAUAUGCUUAAGACCAUAGAUGCCAUGGACCCUUGGGAAGAUCUCACUGAGCUUGGUUAUCACCUCACUGAAUUACCUGUAGAGCCACACCUCGGUAAAAUGGUGUUGUAUGCUGUAGUUCUGAAGUGCCUGGAUCCUGUUCUGACCAUUGCCUGUGCUCUUGCCUGCCAAGACCCUUUUGUGCUGCCCAUGCUGGCCUCCCAAAAGCGUGCAGCUGUGCUGUGCAGGAAGCGUUUUGCUGCUGGAACGUUCAGGGCUUUCCAGGCAUGGCAGAAGGCACGCAGUGACGGCUGGGAGAGAGCCUUCUGUGAAAAGAACUUCCUAUCCCAAGCCACAAUGGAAACCAUUGCAGGAAUGAGAACACAGGUGCUUGGCCAGCUUAGAGCCUCAGGUUUUGUGAGAGCCAGAGGAGGAGCUGAUAUUAGAGAUGUUAAUACUAACUCUGAGAACUGGGCUGUAAUUAAAGGUGCCUUAGUGGCCGGGAUGUAUCCCAAUCUUGUGCAUGUAGACAGAGACAGCCUGGUGUUGGCGGAACCAAAGGAGAAGAAAGUGCGAUUUCAUCCUACCUCUGUUCUUGGUCAGUCUCAGUAUAAAAAGAUUGCCCCAGCAAAUGGACAAGCUGCAGCCAUCCAGGCUCUCCCUACAGACUGGCUUAUAUAUGAUGAAAUGACGAGAGCUCACAAGACAGCAAACAUCAGGUGCUGCUCUGUUGUGACACCUGUCACGGUGGCCCUCUUCUGUGGACCAGCCAGACUGCCAAGUAAUGCCUUGCAGGCAUCUUCAUCCUUUCGAGGGGGAGGGGUAUCUAAUGAUAGCAGCGACAGUGAGAUGGAGGACAAGACAUCUGCUGAUCUGGCACUGCUGAAGCUGGAUGAAUGGCUCCAUCUCAAACUGGACCCUGAAGCUGCUGGUAUGCUGCUGCAAUUCAGGCAGAAGUGGCACAGCUUGUUUCUGCGUCGUAUGCGAGCUCCUUCUAAGCUGUGGUCUGAGGUUGAUGAAACAACUGUAAGAGCAAUUACAGCUGUUCUGAGUGCUGAAGAACAGUCUGCAGGUCUACAGCAGCCUUCAGGAAUUGGCCAGAGACCAAGGCCUGUGACUUGUGAAGAACUUCCUUUGGCAUCUACACGCAUGUCAACCAACAGCAGAAACAGCUCAACAGAAACAGAAUUGUCUGACUUCUCUCAUUCUGAAAAGUAA